AUGACCGUUGAUGCACCUAAACUGAACCCUCUCUAUGCCUAUCUCGGCUUAUCGCCUGAGUCUAUUGACAUUCAAUCUUAUCUCGGCACCGAUUCAGCUUCUACGAUCUCAACCGUCCAGCAGUACACGUACCAUGCAUACAAGUCGGAAGGCAUCUCGCUUGGCUUUAUCAAAAGUAGCGAUAAUUCACUCAUUUUAGACUCUAUUGAUAUCUAUAACGCGCAGACCCAUGACGGCUUUCAACCUUUUACACGGCCACAAGACUUACCAUGUGGUCUCAAAAGAGACAUGCAAGGCCAUGAGAUCGUUGCUUUGUUAGGUGAACCUGACAGAAAAGGAGGCGGUGGUCGAACGAGAACACCGUGUUGGAUAGAAUAUUUGUUCAAGACAGACAGUAAGAGAGAAUCAGGUAUGGUCAUUCAGCUUCAUGGUGUCGAAUGGGAAGAUCGCGAAAUGGGUUGGACUAGUCUUGUAUUGUAUUAA